AUGAGUUCAUACAUUCGUGAACAAAAGAAGAUUUUGAAACAAGGCAUCAAACAACAUCUCACCGAACAUUGUGAUAAGGUCCAAAAUGGCCAAUAUACCGGUGAAGAUUUGGCCAAGGAAAUGAGGGAAUAUCGUUCUACCGAAAAGCCAUCCAACUUUUUCGUUUGGAAGAGACUUCAUAAGAAUACCGGAGUUUAUGCUUCUUGGAAGGAUGAUAAUUUUCUCAAGUGGACCUACAAGGAAUUAACAAGAGCAAGAACCUUCCCAUGGUUGGUUGCUGCUGCUUCUUGGUACGGAUUUGUUUUCCUCUUCCCACAUCCAACUCAGGAAGAUAUGAAGAAGUCACCAAACUUCCAUCCUCAUGGUCAUCCACCAGGAUCCAAUAUGACUCCUCACUAUCAACAUUUAGUUCAUGAAAUUGAGGCUCCACCAAAGUACUAA